CAGUUCCCCUCUCGCUCCGGGUGAGUCUGCCGCAGAGCCAGAAGCCAGCACCUUGCAGGCGGCCGAGUAGCACUAAGCGGUGCUUAGUGCGCAAGGCAUGAGAUUGUGACUGGUUUUAAUAUUAAUAUUAUUAGUCUGAUGGUGUAUUAUUAGUCUGAUGGUAUUAUUAUGAUUAUUUUACCUGCAUUCUCGUGCAAGCGUCCGCCGCGCGCUGUGACUGGCUGGCGGCGGUCACGUUGGCGGCCAAUCUGUUUCGCGUUAGACCGGGCUGGUCCACCUUCAAAAGGCGCUCUCUCCCCACAUUGUUCCCUACUACUCACUCCCAUCAGUGCCUCUUGUUUCUCCAACUUGCUCUUCAUGCCUUCUACUAGCCUUCUUGCAGACAAUUUGGUCACGUAUCCCGCGGCUGAUGUCGGACACCUGUAUUGUUUGCUUAGGAGACCUUGGCGAAAGCGCCAGCGACCCUGUUGCCGUUGCCGCCGAGUCGACGCCAAGACUUGAGGAUGGCGAGGAUGGAGCUCCAGGAACUGCACGUAACAAUAGCAAAGCCCCGGUGGCCAUCGAUAACGAAGAUGAAGACUCGGGAUGGAUUGCUCAUUUGAUCCCCUGCGGUCAUAACCUGCACAACAACUGCCUCAAGCCCUGGGUAGAAAGGGCGAACAGCUGCCCCAUUUGCCGCCAGAGCUUCAAUGUGGUAGAGCUAACUGAUAUGAUCGGGGGCCCCGUAUUAUCGUCCUACGUCGUACAAGACAAAGUUCAGGUCGCUGAAAUCGAUCCAUCGAUGAUCAUAGAAGAGAUCGACGAUGAGGAUGACACUCAACCAUGUCCUAUCUGCGGAUAUGCAGACAAUGAGGAGGUACUCCUUCUCUGCGAUGGCUGCGAUGUUCCGAUCCACACCUACUGCACUGGACUCGAUGACGUGCCUUCAGGGUCAUGGUAUUGCGAGCAGUGUGAAAUGCAACGAGCUGUUAACUCAGUCGCCGAUUCUCCCAUUAGGUCACUGCGGGCACGAAACCGCCCGGAGCGUCGCACGCGAGCUCAACAGAGGAGAGUGAGGAGCCGGAACCAGGUCAACUCCCUUCACUGGGCUCGAGUGUGGCAGUCUGUCUGGGACCGUCUCAACCUGGACCUCGACUUUCCUUUUGACGAUGAGCGGGCCGCGGAUCGCGUUAUCCAGCAGCAGCGGCGGGAGGCAGCAAACCAACGAGAGUUUCGAGCAUGGCAACGUCGAUUCCAAGUGGCUGAAAGGCAGGGGGGCGCCCGGAGCUUUAGAGACACUGCAACUCUUCUCGAUAUCGAUGCACCUAGACCAUCCCGGCCAAGAGUCCCGAGGGCCCCAACCCCUGAGCCUGAGUCUCUGGAAGAGAUGAGAGCGUGGAACGCCUUUGAGAGAGCGCGCGAACUGGAAAACGACCCAAGUGCGUCACGGAAACGGAAAGAACCUACCUUAUCGCCUUCACCAGAACCCACUGAACCGCAGCGUAAACUGAAACGACCGCGGACGCGGAGACCCGAAGACCUAGCGGCUCUUGCCAUGCAAAAUGGCGAGUCGUCCAGGACGGCAAGGGAACAGGCCUCUGCCCGAUUGAACGCGGAGACCACCGCGGGACCCAGCUUCCUGCAAUCGCUUCUGAAAGAAGUAGAAGAUUCCUCAAGGCCUGAGCGCAGCAGUUCCUAUGGCCCUUCUGUUCACUCAUCAACCGCCCCUAUGGACCUUAAUACACCCGCUCUAUCAUCACCGUCAUUAUCACCUGUACCUUCGAAUCGCUCUUCUCCCCACCUCACCUCAUCGACACCUCCUCCCAACCUCAGAGCACGGCCUAUCUCUCCUAUCCAGCUUUCCUCACCUGUCGAGGUAACCUCUCCAUCCUACGCUGAUUUCUCUCCAUCAGUCUCUCCUACUCAGGGAAACACCAAUGAUGCUGUGGAGAUCGAGCGGAGUCGCCCAAGCGCACGCAGACUUGGCUCGAGUACCGUAGGCAGGUCGUCUCGUCCAGGAACCGCAAGGUCAAACGAGAAUUCCCCUACACGCGGCGGCCUCUCUUUAGAGGUCAAGUCCGACAUCCAAAAGCUUGUUGGCGGGGCUCUAAAACCCUUCUACCGCAGAAAGGUGGUAUCCAAAGAUGAAUACACCGACAUCAACCGAACCAUUUCUCGAAUGCUCUACGACCGUGUUGGCGAUGUCGAAUCGCUUGACCACGAUGCCAAGGUCAAAUGGGAAACCAUCGCCAAUCACGAAGUCAAGAAGGCCAUUGAGGCCUUGAAACAAGGGAAAGAGAAGGAAAAAGCGAGUAGCGACAAUGAACCUUCUUCAUGA